AAUUAUUAAACUAAUCAUUCUCAUUGUUAUUAAUAAUCAAACUCAAAAAAAGAAAAGGCAACAAAAUUUACUAAAAAUAUUCCAAAUCUAGAGAAAACCCAAUAACCCAUCGCUCUCUCUUCCUGCUUUCACACACACAGAACACACCUUUUUAGCUUCCCACUCUACUUACUGUUCUUUCUCUCACUAAAAGGCUCCAUCUUUGUCUACUUAGUGUUCUUCUCUCACCAAAAAGACUCCAUCUUUGGCAUUCUGCCUCUCACUAGUUGUGCUGCAAGAAUUUGAUAGAUAAAGACACAUAAACAGUGAGUGGCCAAAGCUGUUAUAGAGAUGAGGGGACCUUUAGGGGCAGUGAUUGGGAGGUACCCAUCAAGUGAUGGGAGUACUCAAAUUGAUGGAAUUAUUAGACGCAAUAGGAAAUGUAGAGAUGUUGCUUUUCUUGUUAUCUUUAUUGCAUUUUGGGUUGCUAUGAUUGUUAAUUCCAGCUUUGGAUUUAACCAAGGAAACCCUUUAAGGCUUACGUAUGGGCUGGAUUAUAAAGGAAAUGUAUGUGGUGAUAAACAUGCACAUCCAGAUCUUGAUCAAUUGGAGCUAAUGUAUUGGUUAAAUCCAAACCAGGUCUACCUUAGUGGUUUGAAGAACACCCAAUUCAAGUUGGCCAAUGCUAGGAGUGUAUGUUUAUUAGAUUGCCCCAUUCCGUCUGAAGAUGCACUAAACUGGGUAUGUGAUUAUCCAGAGGGAGAUAUCCGUCUGUCAAUGGAUGACUGGAUUGAUAGGAAUUAUGAUUAUUUUGAGUUCCUUACUCCAGAAAUGAGGAACACGUCCCUCAAACUCCAGGGUCCUUGUUACCCUGUAAUUUUUCCUAGUGUUAAUGUUUUUUGGAGAUGCCAAUUCAUUGCACAUGCAUCAAAUGUUUCACUGCGGCAUUGGCAACAAAUGGGUGGAGUGAAUAUUAACGAGGACAUUAUAAUAGACAAAUCCAUACACAAGUCCAUUAAUGCCCGUUCAUCUGUAUUGAAGAGAUACAUGGCUGAUAUAGGAAAGUCGUGGCCUGUGUUAAUCGUUUGUGGGGGACUGUUGCCACUGUUUCUGUCUGUGAUUUGGCUCCUAAUGAUUCGGCAUUUUGUUGUUGCAAUGCCUUGGAUAACGGUUGCUGUAUUUGACAUUCUCAUAAUAUCAGUAACAAUGUUUUACUACUUGAAAGCUGGAUGGAUUGGGAACGAUGCCAUCUCUCCUAUCAUCGGUCAUCAUGAUCCAUACUACCACAUAUCUGGACGGGAACUAAAUCAUCUUCGUGCUUUUACUGUUCUAAUGACAUUUAUAAUGGUUGUUGCCAUCCUUACUUCAAUUGCUAUCGUGCGCCGCAUUCUUAUGGCAACAUCUGUCCUCAAGGUUGCUGCAAAGGUCAUAGGAGAAGUUCAAGCCCUCAUAAUUUUUCCAGUUAUACCAUAUGCUCUCCUUGCAAUCUUUUAUAUGUUCUGGUUUUCAGCUGCUUUUCAUCUGUUUAGUUCUGGCCAAAUUGUCCAAAAUGACUGCAAUUCCAACUGCUGUGCAUAUGAUCUUGGAGCAAAACGGGUUAAUUGUGAUCGUUGCUGUGGUUUUAGUAUACGUUAUACUCCUCAUAUAGCAGUUGCCAUCUUUUUCCACCUGUUUGGAGGUUAUUGGGCUACACAAUUUUUUAUCGCAUGCUCGGCAACUGUGAUUGCGGGCUCUGUUGCCUCCUAUUACUGGGCUCGUGGUGAGGCCUCGCCAGAAAUUCCCUUUCUUCCAGUUUUCUCCUCUAUGAAGUGGCUUAUGCGAUACAGCCUGGGGUCUGUUGCUCUUGGUUCCCUUAUCGUGUCAUUUGUGGAAUCAAUUCGCUUUAUGCUUGAAUCAAUCCGUCGCAAACUGAAAGUUGCAAGUACUACACCUGACAGUUGGAUUGGGAAGAUGGUGCAUCAUACCUCUCGGUUUUGUCUGAGAUGUGUUGACUGUACUAUAAAAUCUGUGAAUCGCAAUGCUUAUAUAAUGAUAGCUAUAACUGGUAAAAGCUUCUGCAGAGCAUCUUCAAUUGCAACUGAAUUGAUCAUCAGCAACAUCCUUAGAAUAGGGAGGGUGAAUGUUAUUGGAGAUGUUAUUCUAUUCCUUGGAAAAUUAUGUGUCAGUCUAUCAAGUGCUGUUUUUGCAUUCCUCAUGUUGGAUACCCACAAAUAUAGAUCUUCUCAUAACAAGAUAACCUCUCCACUGUUCCCUGUUUUGGUUUGCUGGGUUCUAGGUUAUAUAGUUGCAACUCUGUUCUUUGCAGUGGUGGAGAUGUCAAUUGAUACUAUCAUUCUUUCAUUCUGUCAGGAUUCGGAGGAGCACCAAGGGACAGCCCAGUAUGCUCCUCCACUUCUCAUUGAGACGCUCAAUGAUCAAAAUGAGAUGCAGAGACUUACUCAAUGAUCCUUCUAAACAUGUCCCUGUAUAAGUUACCUGUGUCACAUUUUCUUAGUGGAAUUUUGAAAAUCUAAUCAUAUUAUUACCUGAAGAUUUUAGUUAGAGGUUAAGAAAAGAAAAACCCCCUAGUGCCCAUCCUGUUUUCUUUCUUUCUUUCUUUUUCCUAGUUAUUGAUUAUGCUUUUUUUUUUUCUUUUACUUUUCUAGUUAGUAUGGCUUGGCCAGUUCUCUGAAUUGUUUUUGUUCUUGAUGUGCCUGUUUAUAUUUGCUGGUCAAGAUAUCAGAGUGCUUGGGCAAAGUAUAGAAUGAACAUGGUGCAUUAAAAUAGUGCACUUCUCACAAACAUGUAGACUUUACUUCAAAGGGGUCAAAGUAUUUUUUUUGGGUUUGCUGUA